CUCGAUACUUUUUCCAGCAAGUCAUGUCUUACCCAGAGCUAUGGGUAAGUUCGACGACAACGAGAGGAUAAUCCUCAAUGUUGGGGGAACCAGGCACGAAACAUACCGAACCACAUUAAGGACUCUGCCAGGCACACGGUUGGCUCUCCUCGCCUCCGAUUCUGACAUCGAGUCUGUUCUGGACCACCUGCAACAAGUUCCUGGCUUCAUUGAGUACAACGCGCGCAACAACGAAUACUUUUUCGAUCGCCACCCGGGAGUUUUCGCAUAUGUUCUCAACUACUACAGGACCGGGAAACUCCAUUGCCCGGCAGAUGUCUGCGGUCCACUCUUCGAGGAAGAGUUGUCAUUUUGGGGCAUCGAUGAGACGGACGUGGAGCCUUGCUGCUGGAUGACUUAUCGCCAGCACAGGGACGCAGAGGAGGCUCUCGAUGUCUUUGAAAUGAACGUGGACAACGGGGACGAUGAGGAUGAAAUUGGGAAAAGACUAGGUAUCGAAGAUGUAUCUCCUAAUCACGGCAAUGUCAGCUUUUGGAAAAAGUGGCAACCAGUGAUGUGGAAUCUAUUCGAAGAUCCCUACUCUUCCAAGGCGGCAAGGUUUGUGGCCCUUGCCUCCUUGUUUUUCAUCAUGGUCUCCAUCACCACGUUCUGCCUGGAGACCCACGAGGCGUUCAACACCAUCAUCAACAAGACGGAGGCGACGCGCGGCAACGACAGCACGCUGGACGCCGGCCCGCAGUACGAGAUCGAGACCGACCCAGCGCUCACCUACGUGGAGGGCGUCUGCGUCCUGUGGUUCACGCUCGAGUUCCUGGUGCGCGUCAUGUUCUGCCCGGACAAGCUGGAGUUCGUCAAGAGCCUGCUGAACAUCAUCGACUUCGUGGCCAUCCUGCCGUUCUACCUGGAGGUCAGCCUGAGCGGCCUGUCGUCCAAGGCGGCCAAGGACGUGCUGGGCUUCCUGCGCGUGGUGCGCUUCGUGCGGAUCCUGCGCAUCUUCAAGCUGACGCGCCACUUCGUGGGGCUGCGCGUGCUCGGCCACACGCUCCGCGCCAGCCUCAACGAGUUCCUGCUGCUGGUCAUCUUCCUGUCGCUGGGCGUGCUCAUCUUCGCCACCAUGAUCUACUACGCCGAGCGCAUCGGCGCCAACCCGGCCGACCCCACCGCCAGCGACCACACCAUGUUCAAGAACAUCCCCAUCGGCUUCUGGUGGGCCGUGGUCACCAUGACCACGCUGGGCUACGGCGACAUGUACCCGCAGACGUGGUCGGGCAUGCUGGUGGGCGCUCUCUGCGCCCUGGCGGGCGUGCUGACCAUCGCCAUGCCCGUGCCCGUCAUCGUCAACAACUUUGGCAUGUACUACUCGCUGGCCAUGGCCAAGCAGAAGCUGCCCAAGAAGAGGAAGAAGCACAUACCGCAGGGCGGUGCCCACGCCGGGGGGUCGCCCACCUACUGCAAGGCCGAGCUGCACGCCACCUGCAACAGCACGCAGGGAGACCUGUGCCUGGGGACGGCGCCCAGGAUGCUGGAGCGCAACCGAUCAGUGCUGUCGGCCGACUGCAGCGGAGGAAGUGACAUCACCACGUCGCCGGAGGAGCGCAUGCCCAUGCGGCGCUCGAGCACGAGGGAGCAGGACCGGCAGGACCGGCGCAGCGGGGGCACCUGCUUCCUGCUCGCCGCCAGCGACUACACCUGCCCGGCCGACGGAGGCAUCCGCAAGACAGAUAACUGCAAAGACCUUGUCUAUACUGGGUCCACGCAAGCAGAGAACAGCGUGCUAUCUUAAGGGGCAGAGAUACAGUACAAACCUGGCACUAAGGGAAACCCAUGGAUUCGGACACGUUGCCAUGGUGUUGAAACCCAGGACUGUAAAUCCUCCGAACACUGUCUGGGGAGUGGACGCCACCGCGUCAACAGGAAGUGGAGCCCUGUUCAUGUAUCAUUUGGAUUCCUUGAAAGAACAAAGAUUGGCUGGACAGUUUUUAUUUAUUUUUCAUUAUUUUCGUGUUUACUCCUACGUCCAAUGGCUGUUGUCCACAAGGAGCAAACCUACUGAGGACAUCGUAAACACACAGAUACUGACAAAUACAACAGACGGACACAAAAAUAAAGACACUAUUUCACCAAAAGGCCGAUACCCUGAUCCUCUCCACAUGCUACAAAACUGUACAUACUACAGACAACCUCUAGAGUGCAUCUGUACAACCAUGUCCAGUGCACUGUAUGUCUUUUUACUAGUGGGGCAGCUCCAUCUUGUGCAGUGAUCAGACUCACAUCUUGCCACCCUUACUAGCCCUGGCUUUUUUCCUUGCAAUAAGUGUACUAAGAUGUGUAGGCUUUGAGGCACUUAUAGGGGUUAUUCAUGAAGGUCACUGGCAGUUGGGCAGUGAUGGUAGGGGCCUGCUUCUAGCACGACAGACAGCGCCAUGACUCGCUUAUAGGACGAUCGCUGUUUGAUUUCUUAAACCGUGUCUGUGUCGACGGAUUACAGUGUUCUCUCCACCGUUAUUUCCAUGUGAUUCAUGUCAAAAUGACCAUCAAAUAAAACAAAAAAUAUGGACAAUCUGUGAUGGGUUGAAUCACAUGGUAGUGUUGCUGCUAUUUUUAUCAGAAAACAAAAACAAAACCUAACAAUAAAAAAAACAAACAAACAAAAAAAACAACUCAUUGGUACCCUUAUGGUUUUGUAGGAGUUACUGAGAGGCUUUUGUUCUGUAGUUUCCCCCCCUCUUAAUCUUACCGAGGCACACAAACACACAGAUACUGUACAUACACACACGCACACACACACACACACACACACACAGAGAGACACAACAACUUCUUUGUGUUGUUUCUAUUAAAAUAAUAAUUUAGGAUCAGGACAUUUAGCUUUAAAACUUCUCAGACUGAGCUUAUGUAGAGGAAGACACAGUUUGAUUGUCACCUCUUCUUACACACUGUCAAAGCAAAGAGAGUGUCUCUGCUAAAAUGAUAAUUUUAUUUCUUUAAUGAUCAAACUGUUUAAGAUGUCCAGACUUUGCGAGCCAACAUAGGCAGUGAUCCAUUUAUGAACUAGCUGGGAUUACUCACGACUGCCAAAUGAUGUGCCUCUACCAUACAGCUUAAUGAAUAGCCCCCAGAGUGUUGACAACCAUAGAUUAUUACUAAAUCCAGUUUAAUAAAAAACAAAUAUACUAAGCAUAGGAAGAAACAUUAUGUGGUAAGUUGAAUAAAUAUGACAUACAGCCAUCAGUGCUUGUAUUCCUUUUAAUAGUUUCAGUGGAUUUAAUGCUCCUAUGUGUGUGUGUGCGUGUGCGUGUGCGUGUGCGUGUGUGUGUGUGUGUGUUUGUGUGUGAUUGAACAUUGGAUAGGAUCCAACUAAAUUGAAGCUCAGUGCUGAAUCCCACUCCAUUUCAGGGCAGGAUUGCCAGCUUCCAGUAACAGUUGAAUCUGGCAUCUUCAAGCUUUACUUGAAAACAGCCCAUCAAAAAGGAUUCUGAUCCUAUUUGCAAUAACGUUCCAAAAUGAAUUGCACCGAUUCACACUGUGAUGUCAAUGUCAUUCAGCUGACACAGUCUCAAUACUGGGAGAAGAAGUUCAUUUGAAAAC